AUGCUUAUUAUGUCGCCCACUGCCCCCCGUGAGAGGCAGCGCCGCCCCAAGACCUCCCAAGACGAACGACAAUGUUCCAUUUGCUCGCAAACCUUCAAGAAGGCCGAACACCUGGCCCGCCAUAUCCGGUCGCACACGAAAGAACGCCCAUUCACUUGUGACGUAUGCGGCAAGUUCUAUGUCAGACAAGACACACUAUUGCGCCAUACAAGAUCACAUCGCGUGAAUGCUCAGCCAGCUAGACAGACUAGUGAGGGCAAUAAUGGGUCCGUCGCGGAAUGGAGCCCGCUCGAUGACACGAGUGACCAUCAGGCCUGCAUGAUCCAGCCAUCCAACGCUGCACAAUCAGCAUCAUCUGCUCCUGAGCAGGAGCAGAUGCUGUUGGAUCUCCCCCUCCCACCUAUCCCGGAUCUUCCAGCCGAAUUGACGGCGUCGAAAUUGGACGCAUCAGUGGAAGACGUACCAGUUCAGCAGAGCCAGAGUGAUCAACCCACGAACGACCAUGGUGACGCCGUGAUGCAUUGGCCCUUCACGGAGAUGAAUGAUAUUCUCACAUCUGAGACAAGCCCGUGGGAGACACUACCAGACGGACUUAGAGAGCUCGACUGGAUGCCAUGGUUAACAGGGCCUAAUUUUGAUCUUGAUGCACUGAAUCAAUCAUUAAUCGAGACGACCGACAUCCAAACAAUGGAUCUCGUACGAAACCCAGACGAAGCACAGGGGCCAAUCCAGAGACGAUGGCAUACCUGCUCCGAGUCCAUCAUAUCAUCUGGUCAGACGACGCCAGAUCUUCGGCGCCCCGGCAGCAGUGACCGUGACCGCGGUCAUAUUCACAUGAUCCCAGACGAAUCAUACCGGCAAACGCUGGCCGAGAGUCUUCAACAACGUGUACAGCCAGGGAUUUUGCCAUCCACUGGAUUCUUGGACUUUUGCCUUCAAGCAUAUUUCAAACACUUUCAACCCAUAUUUCCCCUCAUCCAUGUGCCCACAUUUCGUCCGUCGAAAAAGAAUGCCCUUCUCCUCUUGUCCAUCUGUUCCAUUGGUAGUCUGUUUCUGGGGUCGCCGCGAGCAGUGGCUCACGGCAUAAGCAUGUUUGAAAGGCUGCAGAAGUCAAUCCUUGCCUCGUGGGAUGCACAUAUAGCAGGGACGGGCGACUCAUCCAUCAAUCCGCUGCAGGCUUCCGCGAUAGGUCAAACAUUUGGCCUUCUAGUCGGGAGACCCAAAGAUCUAACGGGAAUCGAGGUGUUCCAUGGUAGUAUAAUUGCGUGGGCACGCAGCGCAAAGUUGUUCAAGGUAGUCAAUGAGGCUACCAAACCCUUCAAUAUAGAAUGCAGUGGUGAGGAACUAGAGGCAUCAUGGAAAGCAUGGGCCCGCUUGGAGGAAAAGAAACGUAUUGUCGUAGGAAUCUACAUCCACGACGUGGAACUGGCUAAGCUGCACAAUCAUGAGCCCAUCCUACGACAUGCCAUUGAGAAGAUCCCAAAGCUAUCCCCGCUAGGCGUAUUCACAGCGCCCAACGCAGUAGCGUGGAAAAAGCAGCACCUUCUCACACAGCAACCAAAUCUCAUCCCUCCCUCACCACCGUCCACCGACCCCAAGUCUCUGUUAGUCGAAACCAAACCAACCAACGAUUUCGAAUCGUACGCCAUUUUAGAGUCCAUCGGAUCAUUGGCUCUGGAGGACCGAGGGUCUGCUGGCAUGCAGCACUCAGCAACAGUCGAAAAAUGCCAACGGUUACUCAUACAGUGGUUCUUACAACGGCAGAAUCACAACACAGAAAAUGCCCCUCCGUCUAGUAGCACAACCGCGGAUCCCUUCUGCCUCCGCAUCCUUUGGCAUUCAACCUUCAUGCACCUAUACACACGGUUCGAUGACCUGGAAUGCGAAUGUGGCCGAGAAGGCGAGAUGCUAUCUCAGCAGAAAUCCACGUAUGCCGCAUCCUGGGCCAAAUCAACAAAUGCCAAGCGUGCGCUUCUGCAUGCGGCUUUAAUCCAGAGAGAGUUCCAGACGCACGCGCUAGGAGCAGAGCCAGCCAUUCACGUCCCAAUGGCACUUUAUUAUGCAGGGCUAGCCUGGGCCUCUUUUACUCAAUUUGGUGCGAGUGAGGACGCUCAUAUUGAUCGUAACGCUGAGCAUCUCGACUCCCCCGAGCUGAGACUCCUUGGGAUCAACCAGAUGAAGUUCUUCGCCGAAGUUAUGGGCAACAUCCAAAUGGGAAGACCGGCGUCAGGCCCGCUGUUCAGGGCGAUUGAUUUGCUUGGGAAAAUCAAUCAUUGGAAACUGUCGCAGAAUCUUUCCAGUACCCUACUAGGGUUUGUGGAAAAUAUGCCGGAUUUAUUUUGAUUAUUUGGCUAGGCAAUAUUUUCAUUUAAGACAGAGUUUGGUCCUCCGAGAUGCUUGU